CGCCCACCUCGCAUUCGUUGCUGAGGGUAACCAGUAAUUGGAACAGCUCGACGAACAUUUGACCCGUGUCGGUUCCCUACAAGAUUGUUACAGAGAUCUUUUUCAACGGCUCCAACAUCGAAGGAGUGUCAUUGUAAAAGGCAUUGACGGAAGGAUCCGACACAUCUCGAUCCACAUCGAGCAUACUGUUCGCGAGUGUAUAUCGGUGCACGUUGGCCAAGCGGGCGUUCAGAUGGGCAACUCUUGCUGGGAGUUGUACUGCCUGGAACAUGGAAUCCAGCCGGACGGAACUAUGCCGUCCGACAAAAUUUCCGGCAGCAACGAUUGCUUCAAUACCUUCUUCAAUCAAACGAACUCCGGGAAGAUGGUUCCGCGUGCCGUGAUGGUUGAUCUCGAGCCAACAGUCGUCGAUGAAGUUCGAGCCGGAACCUAUAAACAACUGUAUCAUCCAGAACAAUUAAUUACCGGUAAAGAAGACGCCGCGAAUAAUUACGCUCGCGGUCACUAUUCCAUCGGGAGCGAAGUCAUCGAGUCGGUGAUGGACAGAAUUCGCAGAUUGACAGAUCAAUGCACUGGUCUGCAAGGCUUCUUCGUCUUCCAUUCGUUCGGAGGUGGCACAGGAUCAGGUUUCACUUCUCUGCUUAUGGAAAGGCUGUCUGAUAAUUAUGGCAAGAAGAGUAAAUUGGAAUUCGUUAUAUAUCCAGCGCCACAAGUAUCUACUGCCGUGGUGGAGCCUUAUAAUGCAGUAUUAACGACGCACACGACGAUCGGUCACUCCGAUUGCGCUUUCAUGGUGGACAACGAAGCGAUCUACGACAUUUGUCGGCGAAAGCUUGGCAUCGAGCGACCCUUGUACGCGAAUCUGAACCGAUUGAUCAGCCAAGUGGUAUCGUCGAUCACCGCAUCCCUGCGAUUCGACGGUGCUCUGAACGUCGACCUGACCGAGUUCCAAACGAACCUGGUGCCUUAUCCCCGUAUACAUUUUCCUUUGGCGACUUACGCCCCGGUGGUGUCCGCCGAGAAGGCUUAUCACGAGGGCUUGUCGGUCGCGGAAAUCACCUCCGAGUGCUUCGAAGCCUCCAAUCAGAUGGUCAAGUGUGACCCGCGUGAAGGCAAAUACAUAGCCUGCUGCCUUCUGUACCGCGGCGACGUUGUACCCAAGGAUGUUAAUGCCGCAAUCGCGGCCAUGAAGGACAAAAGUUGCAUUCGCUUUGUCGACUGGUGUCCCACAGGCUUCAAAGUCGGGAUUAAUUAUCAACCGCCCACGGCCGUGCCAGGCGGUGAUCUCGCAAAGGUUCAACGUGCUGUCUCCAUGCUAUCUAACACGACCGCCAUAGAGGAAGCAUGGGCCAAGCUCAAUCACAAGUUCGACUUGAUGUACAAUAAGCGAGCAUUCGUUCAUUGGUACGUAGGAGAAGGCAUGGAAGAACUCGAAUUCGCGGAGGCGCGCGAAGAUCUCGCGGCACUCGAAAGAGAUUAUGAGGAAGUCGCCCUCGAGUCGCCAUCCACGCCGGACACACCGGAAUAUUAAUAUAUGUAAACACGCGUUUUUGGAAAAUCUUUUAAUGAGCCGAUAUUAUCGCUGUCCGACGAUGAAGUGGAAACUAUAAAAAAAAAUAACAUCACUUAUGUUAAAUUUUGUGUAUAAAGAUAUUCAAUGUUUAUAUUCGUAUAAUUGUUACCGUACUUUUUGUGAACAUUUUUUGUGAAAGUUGUGUAACAAGUAGAAAAAUAUAUAAGUUGCUGCACUAUUCUACUAUAGAGAUUUCAUUCAGCGCAUGGGGAAAAGUACAUUAUUAUGUAAGAAUGUGAACUACAGUUUUGUAUCGAAAACUUUACUGAAUCAAAAUAAUAUUUAUGUAACAUAUACAAUAUUCGUCA